UUGACGCAUUAACGUGCAGGGCUGUCUGUGCGAGUUCGGGGGGAGGUAAACAAGAUGGCGACAACCUGAGAGGCAAGAGUAACGUGAAGAGUCAAUAAAAUUAAUUGGCGUUGUGUCAGACUCGAAGAAGACAUUUGAUUCAUCAAGGACGGAUACGCAAACUAUAAAUAAAGCCUGCAACGGAGAUAUAUUCAUAAGGAUCUAGGUACCAGGCUGUAGAAACUGUAGUGACAUGGAGGACACCUGAGGACAGUUCAUCACAUUGGAUGGUUCAGUUGAACUCCUGAAGCCCAACUGACACCAGAGAUUGGACUGAUACUGCUGCAUGCUUUGGCUGUUGAUCUAUGCUUGGAUCUAGUCCAGCUAUACACACUUAUGUGUCCUGUGGAAACAAUGUUAUGCAGCAUGGACCUUUGACAGAAAUGCAGUGCUGCAAGGCCUUGAAGCAAGACUGAGUAGUAUAGAAUUGUAGGAUCAUAAUUUUUAAAUUUCCCUUCAACUGCACUCAUCACAGACUUAUGUUCAUAAUGCACUGUAUAAAGCACUAAGUCAACACUGGAGCCGACAGGUUCUGCACCAGUUUUUGCUCUUUUUGAGUAGACAGAGCCCUGAUGUUUACAAAUUUCAGAUUGAUUACCCACCUCCUCCCUUAACUCUCAGGCCUCAUUACUUUCUUGUGCAGUUUCAGUAUUUUCUAGUUCAUCUUGUUGAAUUGAAAUACUCAGUUCAAUGCUGAAAGGUUACCAGUGGAUUACACCCCAGCAGCACUCAUCAGCAUUUGCAAACAUUUUUCUUGCGCACAAGGCUUAAGCUGUCAAAUAUCUAUCAGUCAUGAGUGCCAGGGAGCUGCAUCAUCUUGACUAUCUGAAUGAAAAUGAACUGAUGGAGAUGGAUACUUUUAUUCACCGCAUUGACUCUACGGAAGUGAUCUACCAACCACGGAGGAAGAGAGCAAAGCUGAUAGGAAAGUACCUCAUGGGGGAUCUGCUAGGUGAAGGAUCUUAUGGUAAAGUCAAAGAAAUGCUGGACUCUGAGACUCUUUGUCGCAGGGCUGUCAAGAUACUGAAGAAGAAGAAGCUUCGGAGGAUUCCCAAUGGAGAAGCCAAUGUGAAAAAGGAGAUUCAGCUGCUAAGAAGACUACAACACAAGAAUGUGAUUCAGUUAGUGGACGUGCUCUACAAUGAAGAGAAGCAGAAGAUGUAUAUGGUAAUGGAGUAUUGUGUUUGUGGGAUGCAAGAGAUGUUGGACAGUGUCCCAGAGAAAAGGUUUCCAGUAUUUCAAGCUCACGGGUACUUUUGCCAACUCAUAGAUGGUCUUGAAUAUUUGCACAGCCAAGGAAUAGUUCAUAAAGACAUUAAACCAGGGAAUCUGCUGCUGACCACAGACGGGGCGCUUAAAAUCUCUGACCUGGGAGUAGCAGAGGCCCUUCACCCAUUUGCAGAGGAUGACACGUGUCGCACCAGUCAGGGCUCGCCAGCUUUCCAGCCCCCAGAGAUUGCCAAUGGACUGGAUACCUUUUCAGGGUUUAAAGUAGACAUUUGGUCUGCUGGAGUAACACUAUACAACAUUACAACAAGUCUUUAUCCGUUUGAAGGAGACAAUAUCUAUAAGCUGUUUGAGAACAUUGGAAAAGGAGACUACACUAUUCCUGAGGAGUGUGGACCGCUCCUGUCAGACCUGCUGCAAGGAAUGCUUGAGUAUGACCCUGUUAAGAGAUUUUCCAUACAAAAUAUAAGGCAACACAACUGGGUGCGAAAGAAACACCCUCCAUCUGAGCCCCCUGUACCCAUCCCUGCCAACGCAGAAAACAGGGACCCCUGGCGAAGUAUGACAGUGGUCCCCUACCUGGAGGAUUUGCACGGAUACACAGAGGAAGAUGACGAACUCUAUGAUGGGGAGGAUGAGAUCAUAUACACUCAGGACUUCACAGUGCCAGGGCAAGUGACUGAAGAAGAUCAGGGUAAUGCAGACCAUAGUCCAGCUGUAGCCAAGCCAGUUUGUGUGAAUGGGACAGAAGGGGGCUCUCUGAACAGCAAGGCCAAAGCAGAACGUAGAUCCUCCUCCUCAUCCAACCCCUCACGUAAAGGAAUCUCCACAGCCAGCAAAAUCCGCAAGCUCUCCACCUGCAAGCAGCAAUGACACCUUACUUCUCUUUCUACCAUGGCAACAGCCUACCUGGUUGUUCUGUCCUCAUCCUUCUGUGUCUGGAGUUGUCACAGUUGUGAGAGAAACCUGCUGACAUUAACGUCCCCAAAACCUCCUCAGACCCCUGGCCUGCAGAGUCUUUUGAAGAUGAGGUGCAAGUGAUUGGGAGGAGGACAGCAUGAAAUGUUCUUUUUUGCUCUGAGACUAAGGCAUUUGCCGUGAAGAUGGUGUUUAUUUUCUUCAAUACUCUGGCUCCUUUGAACUUGUGUCAUCCAGUUGUGUCCUCUGCUCAUUUCCCCCCUCCCCCUUCUGUCUGUCCUCAUCAAAGGGACAAAUGUUGCACCAGAUGUUACAGACACCAUCACCUCUGUUCCUGCCCAUCCACCCUUCUUCUCACCCACUGUUUCUUUGAUUUUACCUUUUGUUUUUACAGAAUCCUAAUGGCAGUUUUUAAUACACAUUGUCAUGUGUAAAAAGAUUAAAGAAGAAAAAGCAAACAAAAGUUAUGAAUAAUUCUAUAUUUAAAUCUGAGUUGUUAUGAUAGUUCAACCAUUAACAUAAAAACUGCAUGCUGUACAGAGCUAGAAGAAAGAGAAAGUGCUUGGUUUGUAGACAGACUGACGGACUGAUGCCCUGAGAUCCACUGCUGACCUGUUGGGGAUUUUUGAUUUUCAUUUGUUUUAUUUUUAUUUUUCCAAUGAAUAUUUUUUUAAUUAUUAUUUAUAUAAAAUGUGUCCCAAAACAGGCUAUUUUGUUGGAUUAUCCUUUGUGUUUUAGUUGAGUAUAUUUUCAUUUUGCAAUACAGCACAGUUGUUUUUGUCGACAUUUCUUAUUUUUCUUACUUUCCCUCUCCAUUUUGAGGUUAUGCCGAUAAAAAUACACACUCUUUUUCU